AUUCCGCGCGAGCCAGAGGAAGGCAGAGGGACCGCGGAGCGAACUGCACGCCCCGUGCCGAGCCAGCCAGCCAGCCAGCCAGCCAGCGAGCGCCGGUGGAGCCCGCGUGGAGGGAGCCGCCGAUUGAACACCCUGCAAGAUGAACUCCCUGCUGUCCCGGGCCAACUCGCUGUUCGCCUUCACGCUGAGCGUCAUGGCGGCGCUCACCUUGGGCUGCAUCCUCACCACCGCCUUCAAAGACAGGAGCGCGCCCGUGCGCCUGCACGUCUCCAGGAUCCUGCUCAAAAAAGUGGAAGACUUCACCGGACCCAGAAAGAAGAGCGACCUGGGCUUCAUCACCUUCCACAUCUCUGCGGAUCUGGAGAAGACUUUCGACUGGAACGUCAAGCAGCUCUUCCUUUAUCUGUCGGCAGAAUAUUCCACCAAAAGCAACGCUGUGAACCAGGUGGUCCUCUGGGACAAGAUCCUUCUGCGAGGCGAGAACCCCAAGCUGAACCUGAAAGACGUCAAAAGCAAGUAUUUUUUCUUUGACGAUGGACACGGGCUCAAGGGAAACAGGAAUGUCACUUUGACUCUCUCCUGGCAAGUGAUACCGAUUGCUGGGAUCCUGCCUCUUGUGACUGGAUCUGGACGCGUGUCUGUCCCGUUUCCAGAUUCCUAUGAAAUAGCCACGACUUUUUGAAGAAUUCUCUCUGCAUCGGAAACGGGACAUCUGUGGACCUAAGGAAUCAUAGUUUAAAACUGUCAAGAAACACGUGCUGUAACAAUUUAUGUGUCGCAUUCCUGCAUGCCUACACUGAAUGUGAUUUAGAAGCAGACGUUUGUUCACCUCGUGUAAAGCAUGCUUGAUUCCUUGGGGGGGGGGGGACAGUUAAUAUCGUUUGUUAGAUACCAUAAGUGGUGGAAAUAAAGUGACUAAAGACCGAGUACAUGAUGAUUCUGUAAAUCACUGUAACACAUUAUUGAUAUGCCGACUGUCUGAGAAAUAUGGGUCUUUCCAGGUUUUUCCUCCAAAAGUUUUUCUGUUUUACAUUUUUUUGAAAAAAAUUAAUGUUUUAACCAUUGUUAGUGAAGGUUGAAAACGUUUGCAUGACUUUCCCAUUGAGUUUCAGUCUGUAUGCUUACUACCACUAGGUGCUAAUUAUGUACAGUUCUCCACAAGUCUCCAUUUUAAUAAGUUUUGGAGUAAUAUUAACACUCAUCGUUUAAUUUUUUUCAUUUACAAACUCUCUUAUAUGUUAUUGUAUCCUAUUGCCAGCAGUCUCGGGAUGUAUAUAAUAGAAACAUGGGCUGUUUGCAGAUGAACACUGUGAACCCCUGAAGCUUGGGGAAUCAUUUCAAGCUUAAAUAGCUAGCAAAAAAAGUGGAGUCUAACUUUGAUCUUGGAUAUUCUCAUUCCCUAAGUUUAUUCCACCCCUGAUACCUGAGAUGACAUCAUAGGAAUUUCAUGUGUAACUUACAUUGUAUUUUUGUAACCCUGAAACUCUCUGUUUUGAUGUUUCUGAUCUUAUGUAAAAGUAGCUUGUGUUCAAGUUGUGUUAAAAAAAAACUUCUAUAGGAAUAGAUCUCCUUUCACACUC